UGCCCCCUCCGCCCCCACAGCCAGAGGAGUUUAUUAAACGCUGAGGGAGAAGCGGACAGACAUCCAUAGCGAGCAGCCACCGAGGAGGACGUCGUGAUGUGGCCCCUCUUACCGCUGCUGCUGCUCGGUCUGCUGAGACCCUGCGCCGCCGAAACCGCCUUCACACAGCGCUGUGACUCAUCCACAGAUGGCACCAUUUACAAAUACCAUGCAAAGACUCUGAACGGGAGUCACACUGUGAACCUCAGUGACUACAGAGGCAGGAGCGUCCUUUUUGUCAAUGUGGCAACAUACUGAGGAUUCACCUUUCAGUAUGUGGAACUGAAUGCACUACAUGAGGAGAUGAAACCACUUGGACUCACCAUUCUUGGCUUUCCCUGCAACCAGUUUGGGAAACAGGAACCGGGGCAAAAACAUGAAAUCCUGCCAGGUUUAAAGCAUGUCAGACCAGGGAAUGGAUUUGUUCCAAACUUCCUGCUGUUUGAGAAAGGUGAUGUGAAUGGAAAAGAUGAGCAAGAGGUUUUCACUUACCUCAAGAACUCCUGCCCUCCAGUUGGAGACAGCUUUGGUAAUACUGCCAACAGAUUGUUCUGGGAGCCUCUGAAGACCAGCGACAUUAAGUGGAACUUUGAGAAGUUUCUGGUGGGACCAGACGGGAAGCCUGUGAUGAGGUGGCACCCAACCGUCAACAUUUCGGGGGUCCGAGCUGACAUUCACAAAUACCUGCUCCAGCGCUACACACAGGAUUUUUUUAAUUAGAUCUCUGCUUCAUCUUAGAGAACUGUACAUCUAAUGAAGUAACUGUAACGAGAUGCACAGGAUAACUAGAGCAAAGGUAGAAUGUAAAAGAGUGUAAUGUUAAACAGUUUCUGGUGCAUGAAGGUGGCAUGCUGAAUGAAGAGGAGGCUUGAAAACAGGAACUCUGUGGUGCCUCUUCGGAGUCUGGGGCUCAGGCCAGCUCUUCAGUGCAUUCAGGCUGCCCUGCAAUCCCACAGCAUCAUGUCAUCCUUCUCAUCCCCAGGACCUGUUAACCAUUACAGACUAAAUGUUAAUUACUUUCAAUAAAUCAUGGAAAACAACA